AUGGAUGGUUCAGCCCGCCUUCAUGGCCGGCAAGAGAAGGAUGCCGGUCAUCAGUUGCUGGAUCUUCUCCAGGAACCUUUCAGUGGACAGCUUCAAGCUGCCUCGCUAUACUCAGCUUUGGCUACCUCGAUUCCCGUCACACUCGGCAUCGCCAUCGUCUUUUCGAUCUUGCGACCUUACCACCAGGCCAUCUACGCCCCCAAAUUGAAACAUGCCGACGAGAAGCACGUACCGCCUCCUAUAGGAAAGGCACCGUGGUCGUGGAUCACGACACUGUGGCAUACUAAUGAGGAGCAGCUUGUGCCUUUGAUUGGUAUGGAUGCUACCAUCUUCCUCCGUUUUGUCCGCAUGUGCCGCAAUAUGUUUCUCACUCUAUGUCUUACUGGUGUUGGAAUUCUUCUGCCUAUCAACAUCACGAGAUGGCAGGAAUACCAGGGCCCAAAGAACACGAACUGGGUUAUCAACAUUACUCCACUUACCGUAUUUGCCCCGGCCAUCUGGUCACAGGUCAUCAUCGCUUGGUGCUUUAACUUCAUUGUAAUUGGUUUCCUUUGGUUCAAUUACAGGAAGGUUCUUCAACUCCGGCGGAAAUAUUUCGAGAGCGAGGACUACCAAAAGAGUCUUCACUCUCGUACUUUGAUGGUCUUCGAUAUUCCCAAGAAAGGCUGCUCCGACGAGGGCAUUGCGAGAAUCAUUGAUCAAAUCGCCCCCAACUCAUCUUUCGCUCGAACUGCCGUUGCCCGAAACGUCAAGGAACUCCCGGACAUCAUCGCACAGCACGACCACGCCGUUCGCAAGCUUGAGAAGGUCUUGGCUAAGUACCUCAAAGAUCCCAAUAACGUUCCCGUUGCGCGCCCCAUGUGCAAGCCAUCCAAGAAGGACCGAUCAUACGGAACUUAUCCCAAGGGUCAAAAGGUGGAUGCCAUUGAAUACUACACCCAGCGAAUUCGUGACCUCGAGGUCAUUAUCAAGCAAGUACGCUCGACGGUGGACAAGCGAGGCUCAAUGCCCUACGGUUUUGCCAGUUACUCGGAUAUCGCCGAAGCUCAUGGUAUCGCUUAUGCUUGUCGCAACAAGAAGCCGGUUGGUGCUACGGUCAAGCUUGCGCCUCGUCCUAACGACAUCAUCUGGGAAAACAUGCCCUUGUACAGCAGCACGCGAGGACGAAGACGCUUGGUCAACAACUUCUGGAUCACUCUCCUGACUCUUAUCUGGAUUGUUCCUAACCUUGGCAUCGCCGUUUUUCUCGUCAACCUGCAGAAUCUGGGCAAGGUCUGGCCCGCGUUCAGAACGGAGCUUGCUACCCAUCCCAAGAUCUGGGGUGCAAUUCAAGGCGUUCUCGCGCCAGCUAUCAUGUCUCUGACCUACCUUGUCCUCCCCAUCAUCUUCCGUCGUCUUUCCAUCAAGGCUGGUGAUCAGACUAAGACAGGACGAGAGAGGCACGUUUUGGCCAAGCUUUACUUCUUCUUCGUCUUCAACAACUUGAUUAUCUUUUCCAUCUUCAGUGUUAUCUGGUCAUUCGUGUCUAACGUUGUUCGGGACACAACUGGGUCGGUUAAGGAGGAUGUUUGGGAGUCUAUCAAGAAGAACAACAUUGCAGCCGCGCUAUUUGAAGCUCUCUGCAACACCAGCCCAUUCUGGGUCACUUACUUGCUUCAGCGUCAACUGGGUGCAGCUAUUGAUCUGGCCCAAGCCUGGCCUUUAGUCCAGGCUUUCUUCCUGAAGAAGUUCUCAAGCCCAACACCUCGAGAGCUUAUUGAACUCACGGCCCCACCGCCUUUCGAGUACGCCAGUUACUACAAUUACUUCCUUUACUACGCUACAGUAACUAUGUGCUUUGCCGGUAUCCAACCUUUGGUCCUUCCGGCAACAGCUCUUUACUUCCUCAUCGAUUCGUGGCUCAAGAAGUAUCUCCUUCUUUACCGCUUUGUCACCAAGACCGAAUCUGGUGGAGCAUUCUGGCGCGUCAUCUUCAAUCGCUUCAUCUUUGCAACGAUUCUUUCCAACCUUGUAGUCAUGUUGACUUGCUGGGUGCGUGGUAACCAGGGGUCUCAUAUUGAGUUCUUCAGUCUCGUGCCCUUGCCAUUCAUCUUGAUUAUCUUCAAGAUCUACUGCAAUCGUGCUUUCAACAUCAAGAUCACAUACUACAACAUUGUCGAUGUUACUAAGAAGCCUGAGAAUGGAAUUGAUCCAAUGGAAAACCGUAUGCGAAGUGAACGAUUGGCGAACCGAUUCGGCCACCCAGCACUUUACCGACCUUUGAUCACCCCUAUGGUUCACUCGAGCGCGCAAAAUCUUCUUCCCGCCAUCUACAAGGGUCGCCUCAGUGAUGGUAGAGACGCGAAUACUGACGAUAUGAUGACUAUGAGUGGUUACUCCGACAUGGUUUCUCUUGAUCCUAUGCAGAAAGGACGGCCCGGGAAGAGUGCCAGUAACGUCCCCGGCUUUGAGUUUGUGUCUGACACUCAGAUGGAUUUUGAAUAUUACAAGAACCGAGCCGAAUUUGCUGAGGAUCAUGGUGGAGGUGAGAUUUAUGGCCGCCCUGGCGAGAUUGGACGUCCUGGUACCCCUGGAUCUCUGGAUGGUAGCGAACGUGGUUCUCGUCCUGGUACACCUGUCGGUGCUGGCCGUUCUGGUUCUCCUUUUGCAGGUGGACCGGCUCAGCAGCAGCGAUUGAUGUCUCUUGCCAGUAACACCAGCGACAUGAGCUAUGGGGCAUACCGCCCGGGGGCCCCUCCUCACGCCGGAUUUACGCAGCAAACCACCUUGGGUGCAGAGCCUAUCAGCCGCGGCCGAAGUCCGUUGUACUCUCACAAUAACGGAAGCUCAUCCGGCCUGGGACUGAUUCAGAACGCUGCAGCACCUGCCUAUAGUAGCAACCUAAACACACCAGGUCGCCCAACACCAGCUCAAUCACCCGGGCCUUCGGUCAGCGCUAUGGGCGGCGGACCUCAAGGUUACAGUGGUCUUGCCCAGCAUGAGGCAGAGCCUGAUGCUGCUACAUACGACUACUUCCGAGGCAGCAACCGUCAAAGAAACCCCGGCGAGGGAUGGUAG